AUGGCCGAAGGGUUGGCGUUCAAGGUCACGGCCGCGCCCCGUGCAAGAAGGGUGGAGAAGUGGAUCUGCAGCGUGAAGAGGGACUUUCUUGACGCUGCAACGACCAAGUGCGUUGGCGUGGACUACGAGUUCACCGACCCUCGCAAGGCCGGUGAGCAGCGCGCCGCCUUCCUUCAACUCUCGGUGGCGUCCGAGACGUUGGUGUUCCAGAUAAUUUCUACCGAUGAAGUGCCACAAGUGCUCAAGGAGUUUUUGCAGGAUGGGAACAUCAGAUUCUACACCGCCACUAUCGACAAUGAUGUGAAAAAGCUGCAUCACUACGUCAUUCAUAUCACUUCUUGGUACGACCUCCAGAAGGUAGUCCCGAACCCCACCAAGAAGCCCAUUCUGAGUCUAUAUGAGUUGGCAAACUAUACCAUUGGGACAAACCUUGAGAAGAAGAAGAAGUACAACAAGAAGAAGAUGGACGUCGCCGCACAAGAAAAAGAAGAUGAGCUCAUUUUUGAAUGGGCCAAUUUUCUAUUGAGCUACGAGCAAGUGCACUAUAUAGCUCUAGACACUCGCCUGGGCUUCGAGAUUGAUAGGAGGCAUUGGAACCUAGUUGGCUACAAUAGCCAUGUUGAUCGUCUCAAUAUUUAG